AUGCAAAUCAUACUUGCCUAUCAGUUUUACAUCAUUUCUAUCAUCAACGAUGUGAAUGAACACGAUGAACUUCAAGGGACAGUUGAGAUGGAUAAGAGAUAUGAUAAUAAUGAUAUUACGAUGGGCUUAAUGCUUCGGGAUUGGUGCCUGAAGGUACCAACUACAUUGCGACGCCAUAUUCCGAAUUCAGCAUCUUCAUAUCGUUUUUGCCAAAUUUUCGUGCUAUUCACUCUUUGCUUUAGCAAUCAAAUGAGUUAG